AUGUAAGCACUUCCCUCUCAGUGUGAAGAUCCAAUGAGAUAUAUUUCAAAUAUGUCUCCCAGUACCUGGCACACCGUGGGUUUUAAAGAAAUCCUUGUUUCCUUCCUUCCCCUUUCCUUCUUUCUUUCUUCCCUUCCUUCUUUCCUUCCAUAUCAUAUGUACUGCCUCCCAGAACACCUCAUGGUCUCCUGCUAUGAGCCAACAGGUUUGUCUCUGGAAUGAUCCCAACAGUUCUCCACCUCAAUUGGCCAUGGGUGACAGCAAUGAAAGACUUCACCCCCAACAGGAGUAUGAAAUCGACAACCUUCGACCCUUUAUUAGAAAUCCCGGAUGUGAAAGUUACUAGAAAAAGACAUUUCAACUCGUGACAAUUUCAAUUUUCCCAGGGCAGGCAAAUCAGGAUUAAUGAGCUCCAGGAUUUUAAAGACCUCUUUAACCUAUUUAACCUAUAAACAAAGUGUCAUUUUCAAAAUAGACUUUUGAGCUUUUAAAGAACCCGGGGUGAGAUUGGAUGGAUGUCUUUGGGUCUGUGAAAGGGCCCAGACCGUGUUUAAGAAAAAUCCUUUUCUCUUCCUGAAAAUUGUUCGAGUGCAAUCCAUUGUAUUUAUUCAAUUACACUUGAUUUUAUUUCGUCUUUAAAACGUGGCCUACAGAGAUCUCCGAACAACAGAACCCCAGAAACGAGGCUUUGGCUCCCAACCCAGCUCGCCUCUGUUUUAACAGGACAUCAUCCAAUGUGUACAGUUCCUCAGGUCGCCAGGACCGGCAUUACCUGGCAUAGCUUUGCCCACAGCAAAUCUGGAUGACCCUUCCCAGAGAUUUCAGGCUAUUCCAAGAUUUUUUCUUUUUUUGCUCUUGUUCUUUAACCGUCUAAAAAAAAAAAGAAGAAGAAGAAGAAUCCGCCCCACUCCCCAAGAUGUAUUUCUUUGCCUUUUUUGACCAAAGGAAAGUCUUUUUUUUUUUUUUUUUUUUUCUUCAGUACUCAGCACACGGCGAGCUGACGGAGAAAGUCCCUGCGCAGAAGCUCUGACUGGGCGAAAUAUUCCGCUUGCCGCAGAGUAAUACGGUAAAGGCAGGAGAUUACGGUACUCGCUGAGGGUAGCGCCUGUUACAUCAGCGGUAGCUGCAAAGUUCCUGCCUGCUUUGGGCUGCGAUCUCCCCGCUGGUUCUCCCGGUGUCACAGCCCUCGGGGAGUUCUCGGACCGGGUGCUCGCCUUCUUCCCGGUUUUCUUUUCUCUUUGCUCUGGCCCUGCCUUUUUCCCUGCGGCGGGAGCCCAGCCCGAGCCCGGAGCUGGCGGGAGCGGACCGCUGAGCCCUCGGGAUCCCGGGAGCCGGCUCCGUGGGGACGGGAAGAGCAGGUUCUCCCGGCGGCCAGAAGGAGGAGGCGGUGGCUGCGGCGGCUGGACUGGUCCAGGACCGGCUCCCGUGAAGACGCUCCGGCCGGCCGCCUCCCACCCCGAGCGUCCGCCGCUGCGCCCCGCGACCGCAGACUAGGAGACUUUCAAACAGAGCCGAGCCCUCCAGCCCCGGAGCCGCCGCGGCCAUCUCACUCUUGCUCCUUCAGCCCCGGGAUCGGGGACAUGCCCUGAAGCCAGAGCCCUAGGAGGGGCGGCGGGGGAUUGGAGGGGCUGAUCCUCCACCUCCUUUUCCCUCCAGAUGAGUCCGGGAGACCUGCGGACUCUGGGGAGAAGGAACUCGCCGGCAUCGAACUGUCCACACCCCUUGACCUUGACCUGGCGCCCUUGAGACUGAGGCCUUGAGAUCGUGAAAGGCCAAGCCACUAACGCCCGUGGGGGAGAGAGGGCGGAGGGAGAUCGUGUUCAUUUGGUUUUCAAGGUUUUCUUUGACGAGAUCCGGAACCUUCGGAGAGUUAGGAAGAGAAACCCCGACGAAUCUCCUCGAGUUCAAUCCCCUCCCCCUCCAAACUCUUCCCAUUUCCCAAUCUUGAAAUGCCUUCCCCACGCUGAGAACUUCUUGCGGAAGAGAAGGCUCUGGGACUUCGGGGGUGUGGGGAUUGAAGAGCUAGACCCUGUCCUCCCGGCUCUGGCUGGGUGGGGCCAGGAGUGGAGGGGCUAGAGGCGGGGAUCCUGCCUUCUGACCAUGUCUCCCCGAACUGCUUUUUCCUUCCCUCCGCCUCGGGUGGAUUUCCUACAUCAGUCUGGUUUGCCUCUGACAGCCCAUGUCGUGGGUGUUCUCAGCCGAGCCAAGCCCACGCACUCCUAGGAGACUCGAGCUUCCCAUCCACCGUCCGUCUGACUAAGGAUCCCAUUCCUCUCGGGAUUCUCUGGGCAUUCUCCCGGGACCCUGUAGAAGAAGAGCUGGGAUUUGAGCCAGGUGGUGUCCCGGGGACCAUGGUGUUUCUCCCUGAGAAUGCCUCCGACAGCUCCAACUGCACCCACGCCCAGGAGCCGGUGAAUAUCUCCAAGGCCAUUCUGCUGGGUGUGAUCUUGGGAGGGCUCAUCCUUUUCGGGGUGCUGGGAAACAUCCUGGUGAUUCUCUCGGUAGCCUGCCACCGGCACCUGCAGUCUGUCACCCAUUACUACAUCGUCAACUUGGCCGUGGCUGACCUCCUCCUCACCUCCACGGUGUUGCCCUUCUCAGCCAUCUUGGAGAUCCUGGGCUACUGGGCUUUCGGCCGGAUUUUCUGCAACAUCUGGGCCGCCGUCGAUGUCCUGUGCUGCACUGCCUCCAUCAUGGGCCUGUGCAUCAUCUCCAUCGACAGGUACAUCGGGGUCAGCUACCCCCUGCGCUACCCUACCAUCGUCACCCAGAAAAGAGGUCUCCUGGCCCUGAUGUGUGUCUGGGCCCUGUCCCUGACCAUCUCCAUCGGACCUCUCUUUGGCUGGAAAGAGCAGCCCCCGGAGGAUGAGACGAUCUGCCAGAUCACCGAAGAGCCGGGCUACGUGCUCUUCUCAGCCCUGGGCUCCUUCUACAUCCCCUUGGCCAUCAUCCUGGUGAUGUACUGCCGGGUGUACGUGGUGGCCAAGAGGGAAAGCAAGGGUCUCAAACACGGCCUGAAGACUGACAAGUCGGACUCCGAGCAGGUGACUCUCAGAAUCCAUCGGAAAAACGCUCCCUCUGCCAGCACCUCCGGCUCCAGCUCCAAGAACAAGACGCACUUCUCCGUGAGACUUCUCAAGUUUUCCAGGGAGAAGAAGGCCGCAAAGACCCUGGGCAUCGUGGUGGGCUGCUUCAUUCUCUGCUGGCUUCCUUUCUUCUUAGUGAUGCCCAUUGGGUCUUUCUUUCCUGAAUCUAAGCCCUCGGAUACUGUUUUUAAAAUAGCCUUUUGGCUCGGAUACUUAAACAGCUGCAUCAACCCCAUCAUCUAUCCCUGUUCCAGUCAAGAGUUUAAAAAGGCGUUUCAGAAUGUCCUGAGAAUCCAGUGUCUCCGAAGAAGGCAAUCCACAAAACAUGUCAUUGGCUAUACCCUCAACCCACCCAGCCACGCCAUAGAACAGCACAAGGAUUUGGACUUUUAACUCUGAAAACACCUUCAAACAGCUCCAGCCGGAGCCAUUGAGGACACUCUAUGCAUCUGUUCCUUGCCCACAAACUUGGUCAUGGAGCAAGGCUGAUCUCAGCCUGUUUUGACUCCCAUCUUCAUAAACAAUGCUGGCCAUGAGCCCUGUGGCCCUCCAGAGCCUCUGCAAGAUGGGUGAGUGGAGAUCACAGUUUGCAAUUUUGCUGAUGGGGGUGGAAGAGCCAGUGGCCACUGAGGCACAUGGUAACUGAGUUAAGCUUCCUACAGAGAAUGCGCAAGCUGUCUGCAGAUGCUCAGCUCACCUCUCUCCUCUUCAUGUUCCCAGGAGCUCACUUGGUAAGGGAUGGCAAUCACAUAAAAAAAUCUUGUCUACACUACACAAGGAAGCUGUCCCACAAUGUUCUCUGCUCCUGAAGCAUGGAUAACUGGUACUGGUGAUACCAAAGUUGCUAUUAGACAAAGUGGCCAGCAAAAAUGGCUUUUUGUUUUCCUCACACUCAUUUCUGAAAUUUGUUCAAAGUUGGGUAGCUGAAUAAUGUUUUCACUGCCUUUUAGAUCCAGGACAGGUGAUGAGACGAAUGAGAAAAACAACUCUCUUAUUAUAGCACGAUCAGGCAUUCUAUUGCUCACCUUGUGUAGUGUUGUGUGUUAAAAAAAAAAAAAAAUGAGGGGAAUCAUCACUAAGAUAGACAAAGAAUCAUAAUCAAAAAAAAAAUCCAGGAUUAAAAAUACACCAUAUCUGGGAGAUGAAAGAAUGAUAGAUUCAUAAAUUUAGAGCCCAGUGGUCAUCAAGUCUAAUGUCAUCAUUUAAAGUUAAGGAAACAAAGGCCCUCAAAGAUGAAGGGCCUUUACCAUGUAUAUGGCUCAAGUAUGACCCAAAGCCAUAAAUGUAGUAAGAGUCAGAACCAGGAUUUGAACCUAGACACCAUGGAAGAGAGCAAAGAGACAGCAUACCAGGAUUCCCCCCUCAGCUCAUCCACUUACUCUCUGGGUGGCUUUGGACAAACUCCUGAAGCUGAAUUUCCUCAACUGUAAGAUAAGGACAUUGCACUUGCGGACCACUAAGAUAUCUUCUAACUCUAAAUCUAUGGCCCUAUUAUCCUAAGGUGCUGGAAUAUUAAUGAGCCAUUAAAAUUAUACAAGUCCAUUGCAACAUAACAGAAUGGUACAAUUGAAUACAAUAGAAUACAAUAAAGAGACAAGGCAAAUUUGAAUCUGUGAAAGUAGAAGAAAAGGCAGAAAACCCCGAUGCCCUGAGCUCAUUAUUUUAAGACAUUAGCCAUUAUUUUCAUGGCUUUCCCUAAUUAAUAGGAAUACAGAUCUAGGAUUAUGAGAAACUUUAGAGUCAGGCCAACCAGUUCACAGAAACACAGCACAUCAGAGCUUAGAGGGACCUCAGAUUUGGUACAAUAUGACCUCUUCAUUUAAGGUAGGACAGAACUCUGGCCAAGAGAGAAGUUCCUGUUCCUCCAAUUAGGGACUGGGCCCAGAAGUUUGAAGGGUCUGUUACAAUUUGUAGGCCAGUCUUCUUCUUCUUUGACUGCAAGACAACCUAUUUUCUCCACAGAGAUCCCUAGUUCCCCCCUUCAUCCCCAUCAUAAUGCAUGUCAGACUGAUUUAUCAACUAAUGUCUACUAUUCAAAGCUUGGACACUGAGCCCACUUCUUUAUAAUCUCACGGAAUCUUCUUCUGUUUUGCCCUGUCCUCUCUUUUGCCCUAUUUACUCUUCUUUACUUCCAUGAAAAGAGCUGAUUCCUCUGAUAAAUCACCUUCUUCACCAUUUUUAUUCAAAGAAUUUUAUUAAGUUCCUAUUAUAUGCAAAGUUCUGUGAAAAAUACUUGGGACAGCAAGGCAAAAAAAUUGUUUAAAUACCCCUAAAAUGCAAAAAUUUGAAUGUCGUUUCCUCAUUAGGAUGUGAGCUCCUUGAGAGCAAGAAGCUUUCUGUUUUGGCCUUUCUUUAUCGGUGCCCGGCCCAGAGUAAGUGCUUACUAAAUGCGUGUUAAUUGUCUGAAGCUCUCCUGCUUUCAAGAAGCUCACAGUCUACUGAGACAUGGAAGUGGUGAGGCAAAAUAUGUACAGAUAAGGAAACGUAAAGCAUUUGAGGGGGGAAAAGGAUGUCAAAAGGAAUUGUUCUAGGAAGGUUUCAGGGAGAGCCAAGAUGAGCCUGGGACUGAGAUCAUUCUUAAAGGAAGACAUGUUCUAGCCAAAGGGAAUCCACAGAAGCAGUUCAAAGAAUAGCCAGAAGUCCAAUUUUACUAGAACAUGAAGGGAAGAAGUGGAAGAUAAGCAUCAGAACACAGGAUGAAGACUUACUAUAUAGUAGGUUUGGGAUGUCGAGCUACAGAAUUCAUAUUUAAUGCCAGAAGCAAAGGAGAGUCAGAGAAAGCUUUUGAGCCAGAGAGUGAGAUAGAAUAUGUAUAUUAGGAAAGUUGUUUUAGAAAUCAUGCAAAGAAUAAGGGGGUGGAGACACUAUAGAAAGAAGGGCAGGUUAUUAGUCCAGGAAAAGAUGGUGAAGGUCGUACUAGGGUGGUGACGUCAGGAGCAGAGAGGGAAAAACUGGAGAUGCAGUAUAAGGAGGACUCUGUGACUGGUCAGGCAGAGGCAGGAGCAGUAAUUCUGAGAGAUCAGAGAAAACCAAAAUAUUUAGUUCAAAAUGUCUAAUUCAAAAUGUAUAGUUUGACAAAUGUAUUCAUUUAAGUCCCAGAACUUUAAUAGCCAUCAGAUCCAGUCCAUGUAUUAAAAAGAGUGUUAAAGAGAUUAUACCUGACAGAUAAUCAUUCAGUUCUUGCCCUGAGACUUCCAGGAAGGGAGAACAUACUCCACAUGCAUACACACUUAUACACACACAGACACACACACACACACACAC